AUGUCGGUCACGCUACAGACCACGCACGGCGACCUAAAGCUUGAACUCUUCUGCCAGGCCUGUCCGAAGACCACGUACAAUUUCCUCGCGCUGUGCGCAAGUGGUGCUUACGAUGGGUCACCAUUUCAUCGACUGAUUCCGAACUUUAUGAUCCAAGGGGGCUCUCCAGCGUCGCGAUCCACAAAGGACAGCAAUUCAGUCUACGGCGGCAUGUUCGAGGACGAGAUCAAGUCUUCGCUACGACACCACGCGAGAGGGAUGCUGAGUAUGGCAAACAAGGGCCCAGGCACGAACGGGAGCCAAUUCUUCCUGACGUUCGCAGCAGCGCCACAUCUGGAUGGGAAGAACACCGUGUUUGGGAGAUUGUUGGAAGGAUGGGACACUCUCGACAAGAUGGAGGAAAUCCAGGUGGACAAGAAGAAUCGUCCACAGGAGGGCAUCACGAUUGAAAGGGUGAAGAUCCAUGCAAAUCCGCUGGCAGAUGAGCGCUGA